UGCUCUCCGGAUUGGGUAGGUGAUUUUAAACAGUCCAUUUCAUUCUCAGCAGUCAGCAUUCUCCUUUCCAUCACAGCAACUUUUGGGAAUUCUCUUAUCCUCAUUGCCCUUCACAAGGAAUCUUGCCUCCAUCCGCCAUCCAAACUCUUGUAUCGUUGUCUAGCAACAACUGAUCUGUUGGUUGGUCUUGUUUGCCAGCCUCUCUAUGUUAUUUAUCGGAUUUCCUUGGUUCACGAACACUGGAGUCUUUGUCGCUACGCAAACUACGCAGAUUCCAUAACAAGCUAUACAUUGUGUGGAGUUUCUCUGGUUACAACGGCCGCCAUAAGUGUGGACCGACUUCUCGCCAUGUUGUUGGGACUGAGAUACAAAGAGAUUGUAACUUUGAGGCGCACGUUUAUCAUUUUAGCUAUCGUUUGGGUUACAUGCCUAGUCAAUGGUUUAUUUGUUUUGCUCAAUUACAGUAUAACCUUUUGGUGCAGCCUUAUAGGUAUACCAUUUUGCCUGUUAAUCUCAAUCGCCGCCUACACAAAGAUUUUCCGCGCUCUCAGGCAUCAUCAGGCUCAAAUACAAGAUCAUGCUCAACAACAGCCGAGCCAUCUAAAUGCAAUGAACAUGGCACGAUACAGAAAGGCAGUGUACAGUGCACUGUGGGUGCAGUUGGCUUUAGUUGUCUGUUAUAUACCACUAAUUACAUUGCGAAUUGUGAUAUCUAGUACAAAGCAAUCUCCGAAUUUAUUAAUAUUCCUGAGAAUAGCAAUUAUCUUAGCGUACUUUAACUCUACUUUAAACCCGUUACUUUACUGCUGGAAGAUGAGUGGAGUGAGACGAGCAGUAAAGCAGACAAUCAGACAAGCAUUCUGCUAUGCGUAGGGGUAGACCUGUUUUAACUUUGGCAUGUACUGUUUCUUCUAUAGCUAAUUUGAAAAAAUAUAGUUGUUUGGAGAGAGGGAAAGAUAUGUCAUUUCAUGAUGAGAAGAGCUACUUCUAAAUAUUAAAAUGUAUUUGAAUUAUCUGACAAACAACUAACAAGUGAAAAAAUUUAGUGUAGUAGCCAUAACAAAACAAUAACAUGUCGCCAAUUUGCGCAUUUCUAAUGAAGUAGUGAAGCGGAAUCAGAGCGCGCUCAGGAUUUUUCUUUGCGAUCAAAACUGGAUGAGAUAUGUCGCCUUACCUCAGAAGUAAGAUUAAGCGAUAACGUGCUGUUAACGGAGCCAGCCGCUCGAUUAUGUCAUGAUUGGGAAUUAGCCACAAUGUUUAUAACGAAACUUUGUGAAAUAAAGAUGCGGCUUUGGUAACAUCUGUUCAAAUAUACAGAAGGAAACGUUUAGAAAAGAAAUUGAUAAUCUCUAUUUCAUAUAGAGUUAUCAUUUGAGACCAGUCGUUUGCCUAACAUUUAGCUCGCAAAUUUUAACAGAAAAAAAUUUCUUAGGGUUAGGGUUAGGAUUAAGAAAUGAUUAAAAAAACUCCAACAUGGUUAAUAAGACUAUUUGUUUUUCAGUAUGCUACUAACAUUAACGAAGGCUUUUUAGCGAGUGUCAUCAUAAGCCCACAACAUUUUGACCACUGUGAUGACGAAUAUCGUUGUCGAUAAAAGCACAGAUCACAACAAACCAUGGCCACGGUCGAUUUGUUAAAUGGAGAUUUUUCGCACACAGCCCUGUUCACUAUAAAAACCUAACUUAUAUUGUAAAUAGCCGAAGAUGAUCUGUAGAAAAAAUUGUCCCAAGAGAAGGAGAAUUUUUAUUGUUAAUGGUGUUUGAAGUAAACUGUUCACCGCUAGAUCUAUCUUCAGACUUGUUAGGGCACAAGGCAGAGUUCAAUUUAGUUUGAUCGGUAGAGAGCUUGUCAUUAUCUCAAAGUUCAGGUCAGGUGCGACACGUAGAGAACAAAGAAAAAAAUUCAAAUAUUUUUAGGGGUAACUAUGCAAAUCCAAACAUACAUUAAUUUUGAAUAGUUUUAUGUAAUCCAGUUUUCUUUUUUUCCCAAUAGCGAUAAGCGUUCUCAAAAAGGGCUUUUUACCUUCAACUAAGAUAAUACACGGCGUCCCAAGGUUGCAUGAAUUAUAUCAAAAGUCGAUAAACCACCUUAUCAGUGAAAGUUUAUUUGAGUAAGCAGGGUUGCGUUUGUUGCCGUAGUGAGAAAUAAUUCUAUCACAAAUGUGAAUUUCCUUGCCGCCUAUUGCUAAUUUAAAUUUGCAGGAAAACCCGGCCCCUAACACACCAGACAGCUAGUUUGUGAAUUUUGCAUAGUCAGACGCUACUGAUGAAGUUUUUAUGUAAUUAUUAUUCACAAAGUAAGGUUUGAAUGAUCUUGACUUGGGGGGGUGCUGUUUAGACUAAAUAUUCCUCGUUGUUACUAUGGAUAAUCUACAAAAGAGUAGAAACAACAAAGGGAUGUUACCUUUUGCCUUCUCGAUAUCGUCUGGUGUCGCUGGUUUAUGUUACAUUUUAGGCUAUACCGAUUAGAUAUGUGACACGGCCAUAUAAUAUAGGGCCUAUCUAUGCCACAUAUGGGAUGUCAGUGGUUCACGAACACUGGAGUCUUUGCCGAUACUCAUUUCACGCAACAGGCGCAACAGGCUAUGUAUUUUUAAUUUUCUUUAUAAAGAUGUGGACUUUGUUUUCAUCUGUUUAAAUAUUUUAAGGUCAAUGAUUAGAGAAGAAGUUGAUUAUCAGAUAGAUUUAUCGUUUGAGAGGAAUCGUUUGUCGGAGAGCAAGUUUGCAAAUUAUGACAGAAGAAGCUUGUGAUAAGAAAUAGUUCAAAAACUCUAACAUGGUUGAUAAAACUGGCUUUUUUCAGUCUGUUACCAGCAUCAAUUAAGACUGUCUAUCGAGUGCAAAAUUGUAGAAGGUUAUCCAUAGAUUUAUUUGAGAAAAUAAUUUUAAAGACACUUUUAUUAUCAAUUUCGAAUAUUCAAGAAGAUUUCGUGACUUUACUACAGGCCAUCUGCACACAGCUGGUCUUACGAGAAAACAUCCUCUCAUUCUAAUGACAAUCGAGCAAAACCCCCUCUCGAGUACCUACUACUGCUCUUUGUUAAAAAUGUAGACUAGCUAUUCAUAGCAAGGAUCAUUUCCGCGCUUGAAUUUCAUGAUGGUCGAAAAAUGAUUUACGUCCUUAAAAUUCUGGAAAAAAAAAUAGGUAUUUUGAAAGUCGUAGAUGUUUGCAUGGUUCAAAAACUAGCACGCUCUGAUAUUUUUAUGUGGUUUCCUUUAUUAUUUCCCUUUCGUCCUCGGGACCGUUAUAAUUACUAAUAUCACGGAAUAAAUAAGAGGUUGUAUGCAAAUUUUUGAUAAGUUAAUAAUAUGAAAAGGUAUACCACAUAGACAAAAUGAGAGUCAAAUAAAUUUGGUCAGCUGUGUUUAAAAAAUCAAAAAUUUUUCAUCGAUCGACUGAUUUUCGACCGCAAUUUUUAGAUAUCAUGAACUUAUGUUCUCAAAUACUCCAGGGAAUUUUAAAAUGCUCUUUUUUUUUACUUUGUCUUGCUGAGUCAUGGUCUCAGCCAGGCAAGCCAAGCUGACACUGAUCUUUCAGUAGAAUUGAUGAAAUGAUGUAGAAUGUCGCAGGCUGUUGAGCAUAUCUCUAUAAGCAGAGCUCAUAUUUAGCUGUUGUUUAUUAUUACAAGCCUUUUCCAGUCAUUCGUUUAGUAAAACGUAGCGAAAUUGUACACGGCACGAUAGCAGUGGUGGAGUGAAAAACGGGGGAGGUUUCGGUCGGAUCGGGUCGGGUGAAUGCCAUUCUUCCCCGACUCGACCCAAGCCUCACUCUUUUUUCGUUCCGCCCUGACUAUCGCGCCGUUUACUGAGCACUUCGUUUUGCUAGCUGAACGUCUCGAACAAGCAACGUUAUCACUCGAUAAGUUGUCAAUAAAAGCUGUGAUGCAGACUUCGAGUGAAUGCUACAGGCAUUUUCUUCGAGUGAGCAGUGGAGCCACUUUAUCACGAAAGAGGAAUCGAGAUACUUUGUACAUAACAACUUUAAUUUUUACUACGAUGUUUUGCAAUCAGAUAACUAAUCAACAGAGAAAUUAAUUUACCCAACUUAACGCUUUAUAAAGCAAACAAUAUAUUUAAAAAGGUUUUUGUAGCUUUAUGCUUUGCGCCUAUUGUAAUGGGGCGGACGCUGACAUUAAUUGAAUCCAACAACGUCAUAUCGGAGAAAUGUUUUAUAUUGACGGGACCUCCAAGCGUCCAUCGAAUCUCAAUUGAGUUAUUUAACUUGAAAGUUUAUAAAAACUGAAAUACAAUAAAUUAAAAAAAAGCCAUUAUCAUACAAUACACACUGAUCGAAAUAUUCUAAACUCGAACACGAGGGGCGUGUAUACAGAUAAAUCAAAUCAACACAAAUAUCCUAAGCGAAACAAAACUACCUUUGAUUGUACUCGUUUCGGUAUAUAACUAGAUACAUAGAUAGAUUCUUUGUUGAAAUACAUCGCAGCUCGUAGAGCUUAAUUUACGUAUUUUCAUUAAAAUUCUAAUUGAAUGUACAAACUUACAAAUUUAAUAAUACCUAAGAGCUAAUGAUAGUAAUAUCUAAAAAAUUUAAAAACUAUAAACAUCUUGUUGAAAUCAUAUUGUGAAAAGUCUAAUAAUUUGAACAUUAUUCACUAGGGCACAUGAAGCCAUAAUAAAACUAUUCUUAAAUCUGUUUGUUUUACAGCGCGGUAUGCCGAAGGAUCGCGCGUGCCUAAUAUUUUACUUGCUCUCAUGUAGAGGCGGUUAGUAAUUUCCUGAGUUUAUGGCCGCUGUCAUUGAAAAUACUUUCAAACGUACGCUUGCAAAUAUCUCUGUGAUGCUCCGCUACGGACGGUAGGUUCGAUAGCGCAAACGCGUGCUGAUAUUCCAUGCCAGGGCAGAUGAUUCGCAUUGCCCUUUUCUGAUCUAAUCGAUAACGGAGCGCACACGUGAUGUUGAAAAGACAAAGAUCUUUCUGAGAAACGCGGGCUCUUUUAAGCUGGAUGAGAAAAUAGAGCCGCUUAGCUGCCGUUUUUAUCACUUCUGUGAUAUGUGCGUUCCAAGUUAGGUCACUUGAAAUAGUUACACCUAGGAGUUUAGCAUCAGUAACAACCUUUAUGCACUCUCCUCUGAUAACUACGGGAGGGGAAUCAUGACUAACUGAAGCAAAAGAAAUGCGAAGUUCCUUACAUUUGUCAGUAUUUAGUUUGACUCUACUUCUGUUAGACCAGUCUGCUACCUCAUCUGCUACAGUUUGCGCAUUGCUCACUUUUCCUUUCCUAAUUACUUCAGAUGUCAUCGUGUCGUCUACGUAUUUCCAAAGUGAUGAAUUACAAAUUGCUAGGUCACUAAUCAUGAUUAAAAACAACCAUGGACCUACAGAACUACAGAAAUAAACCAAAUGACUUACCUCUUUCGUCGUUCUAUUAAUUACUGUAAUAUUUCAACAAUUCUUCGAUCUAUCUCCUCUUCUGACUGUACUUGCAACUCACACGCGUCUCGUGGCCGAAUGAAACUCGAAAGUAUGUCACACAAAACAAAAGGGUAUUGAAAGUCACGCAAAUCCCAACUAAAAAUAGCCUUUGCGACACCUACGAAAUAACUGAAUAUUUUUAUUCGGUAGCAAAGCCGUAUUGUAAAAAAAAGCUCGUAUAGUUUUUCGAAAGCACAAAAACAAAAUCUUGGCUAAAUUAACAUGGUAUUGGUGAACAUAUAUUCCUUCAAAGGAAGUCUUCAAACUGCUUCCUGACCGUGUAAAAUCUGCCCUAUAACCUUUCUGCUUUUCAGUUUGUCGUUCGUAUGUGAGUAAGUCCCGAGAUCACAACAUUGGCACAAGCACUUCGUCAUCUGUCAAUAGCUUUCAGAAAGGGUUUUCCUCAGUCAAACACUGAGUUUUCCACCAUUUAUUUUGACACACUGAUCACAGAGAGUAUAAAUUUGUCCCUGUUAUACGAUGCCAUAUCCAAAAUGGUCGUCUAACAUUUUGAUAAACAGGUAACUAAUACAAAGAGCAUGAUUCAGAAGCAAAAUUCCGCCUUAAAACCAGAAAAUGUCUCCCGCGGAAGGAAUAUUUGAAUUAUUUAUGAUCUUUUGAGCAACAUUCCCACCCUAGCCCAUUGAUCUAUCUUGCGACCUUACAGGGUAUAACGGCAGGAUAAAUUGUCGCUGAACAACUGAUUCCCUUUUAGGAUGGUUAUUUAAUGCAAGGUACACAUGCCAACCUCUGUGGAAAAUAUUUAUGUGCUUUGUGGCACAACGGACUCUUGAUAUCGUUUGGGCUUCUCAAACUGGGUAGGUAAUACGGUUUUAAUGCUUGAGGAUACAUGCAUAAAAGGUGAGAUCGAAGCCAAGGUGGAUGUGAAGUUGUUGUGAAGGCGAAAUAUCUCUGUUAUACCCAUAGAAAAGUAGAUACUGAUGAUGCCGACCACAAAUUUAACUGCAUUUGAAAGGCAAGCAAAAACAUUUGAAGACCUAGUUUUCUCGCCAUCAUAAGCAGGUAGAUGUGACAACAAUCACUUUAUUUUACGGAAGUCCACAUUCUCCUCUCGCUCAUGGCAUUUUUGGGGAACUUUCUCAUCCUUAUUGCCUUUCACAAAGUAUCUUCCCUUCAUCCGCCGUCCAAACUCUUGUAUCGUUGUUUGGAAACAACUGAUCUGUUAGUUAGCAUUGUCAGCCAGCCUCUCAUUGCCCCUUAU